AUUCGGGGAGUGGGCGCGGCCUCGCCCCACCAAAAGAAAAGGGGUGGGUCCAGUUGAAACAGGCCUCGCCUAUGAGCUAGGCCCUCCUUUUCCGGCCGCACUCUGACGGAAUAGGCGGGACUUCUGGUGGCGGUCCUGAGGCCGGCACGGUGCAGGGGAAGCAGGCAUGGCGACACCGGAACCCUCUCUGUGGCUGCACAGCCCUCCUGGGGGGCCGCCCCCAAUCGCCUUACCCCCCGCGGGCCGCAGUCUCGUGCUGGGUCGGGGGCCGCUGACUAGAGUCACCGACCGGAAGUGCUCCCGCAACCAAGUGGAGCUCAUUGUGGAACCCGCGUCUCAGGUCGUGAUGGUGACGCAGCUGGGCGUGAACCCCACCACGGCUGGGGGCAGGACGCUGAGCCCCGGCUCCCGAGCUCCGCUGGCUGUCGGGGACACGCUGCUGCUGGUUAACGGCCGGUACCCGCUGACGCUGCUCCGCACCUCGGGGCCCCCGGAGGAGCAGGAGGGCCCUCCCGAGCCGCCUCCUAAGCGGCCCCGCGGCCCCCGAGGCUGGCAGGAGCUCGGGGCCCUGCUGCUGUUCACGGCCCCGGGAGUCCAGGCCCGAGAGAAGGUGGCCUGCUUCGACCUGGAUGGGACCCUCAUCACCACCCGCUCGGGGAAGGUCUUCCCCACCGGCCCCGAGGACUGGAGGAUCCUGUUCCCGGGGAUCCCGAAGCGGCUCCAGGAGCUCGAGGCCGACGGUUACAAGCUCGUCAUUUUCACUAACCAGCUGGGCAUUGGGCGAGGCCGGCUGAGGCCCCAGGACUUCCAGGCCAAGGUGGAAGCCGUGCUCGAUGCUCUGGGGGCCAGUUUCCAGGUGCUGGUGGCCACGAGCUCAGGCAUUUAUCGGAAGCCAGUGACAGGCAUGUGGGAUCACUUGUGUGAGCAGGCCAACGAGGGAGUCCCCAUUUCUCUGGCUGACAGCGUCUAUGUGGGAGAUGCUGCAGGGCGUCCAGCCAACUGGGCUCCUGACCGGAAGAAGAAGGACUUCUCCUGUGGGGACAGGCUGUUCGCCUUGAACCUUGGGCUUCGAUUCUCAACUCCUGAAGAGUUUUUCUUGAAUUGGUCCCCAGCCCCCUUCACACUCCCAGACUUUGACCCGAGAACUCUGAGCUCCACGGGGCCCCUGUGCCUGCCCCCUGAUGGGCCUCUUGUGGGUGCUGGCCCUGAGAUGGUUGUUGCUGUUGGCUUCCCUGCGGCUGGGAAAUCAACUUUUCUCCAGGAACACCUGGUGUCAGCAGGCUACGUCUAUGCAAACCGCGAUACCCUGGGCUCUUGGCAGAAAUGUGUGGCUGUGUGCACUGAGGCCCUGAAGGCCGGGGGCCAAGCUGUGGUGGACAACACCAACCCUGACCCCGCAAGCCGGGCCAGGUACAUCUCAUGCGCCAAGGAUGCAGGAGUCCCCUGCAGAUGUUUCCAUUUCACAGCUUCACUGGAUCUGGCCCGCCACAACAACCGGUUCCGAGAGAUGAUUGGCUCCCUGCACCCUCCAGUGUCAGACAUGGUCAUGUUCAGCUACAGGAAGCAGUUUGUUGCCCCCUCUCUAACCGAGGGCUUCUCACAGAUCCUGGAGAUCCCAUUUCGCCCACAUUUCAAAGAUGCCCGGCAUGCAGCCCUUUACCGUCAGUUCUCAGAGGGUUGAGUCCCCCCUACAUCCCCAAUAAAAGUUAUUUUCAUGGCA